CUUCAUACUGGUGCAAGCUCGCGAUUCUGCCUACUACUGGAAGGCUGCCACUUACCCACGGUCACGCCCAAAGCAUGUAGACCGUAAAGCCAGCCUUCUUCACUUUUAAAGUACACAGCAAUAGGAACACUCUCCUCCAUCUCAUCCGAAAUCUCUACUUUGCAUGUAGCGUCAUUCGCUGCCCCGCACUCUACUCGCUUCUCCGUUGCGCUCAACCGAUUUCAGCAUGGCAGACCAAUCCGUGAUACGAAUACACCGCGAGCUCCGCGAGUUCGAGCGUACCGGUGACCUUUCUAUUGCCGCUGCUUUCAAGGACGAGGAUAUCCGCAAAGUACGAGCCCUCAUCGUCGGACCGCCCGAAACACCGUACGAAUUUGGCUUCUUCGAGUUCAAUGUCAAGUUUGGCAAGGAAUACCCCACGAAGGCACCGUCCGUCACGGCCAUAACUACGAAUCUGGGCAGUACCCGCUUUAACCCCAACAUAUACGCAUGCGGUAAAGUGUGCUUGUCCAUCCUGGGUACAUGGCGGGGAGAACGAGGGGAAGAGUGGUCGUCUGCACAAGGCCUGGAGUCGAUCCUGAUAUCCAUCCAGAGCCUCAUGUCUAGCAAUCCGUACGAGAAUGAGCCGGGAUUUGAACAGAUCAAGUCAGACGAGGACAAGGAAAACGCUCUCUCGUACAUCGACAAGAUACGGCACGAAUCGCUUCGGAUAUCGGUCAUCGAACGGAUGGAGAACUACAUGGGCAUCAAUCGUAAAGAGGCGAGACUAGUCUCGUCACCGAACACGUCUAGCAACGCGAGCUCAUCUGAAGAGUGGGAUGCCCUCUGCGGCGCGGAUGCUCCGUGGGAACCCCACAGGGACAAGUGCAAGCUGCGCUUCUUGUGGUACUACGAUUCGUACCACUUGACAAUGAACGAGGAGGCGAAAAAGCAUAAAGACGGUGAAAAAUUUGAGAAGAUGCCUUUCGAAGCACCAGGAAACACCAUGGACGGGCAGUUUCAGUACACAGAUCUAAAAAAACGACUGACAGCGAUCAAGGAGGCCAUGGAUGCGGAGAUCGAACAGUGGGCGCGCGAUGGUUUGAAUGCUGUGGCUCGGGAUUUGAGCAUCGCAAACAAUCUCAAGCGGCAACACGAACAAACCGUGGCCUUGUUCAAGACGAACGAUGUACCAGUAGACGUGGAGCUGAUGGACGACAAUCCUUUCGUUUGGAUGUUGACGCUGGUUGGACGCCCAAACACACCUCUUGACGGCGGCAUUUUCAAGAUAAAAAUGUGCAUCAGCCCGCAGUUCCCAGCAGAGCUUCCACGCGUCCGGGUUGAGACGCCGAUUUUCCACCAUAGGGUCUCGUCGAACGGACUUUUAUGCUACCUCAUCAAGAACUCGGACUAUUCCAAUCUCACAGCGCAUGUCCAAGCCAUCAUAUCAGCUUUAGAGGAUGAUAAUCCAGCCUACGACCCCAGAACACGGGUCAACCCGGAGGCGACACGCUUGAUGUGGGGAUCAGCCGACGAUAAGAAGAUCUACAACAGGCGAUUGAGACGGACUGUGCAAGACAGCUGGGAAUACUGUUGAGACUUUGCUCUCCUGAUCCCCAGUUGGGCUACUUGUUUCUUGACUCUCAUUGCUAAAGAACUUUGAUCGCUACAAGGUGAACUGAUCACGGAUUGCAGACGAAGCCUCCAGCGUAGAUCUCUAUAUUUUCGACAAGGCCAUAGAGAAAUUCAAGAAUUGGCUGGGCAAGGUGUUUGGCUCCAAGGAUUUCAAAGAUACGCGUCCUGAAUUCAGAAACCAACCUGAAUAACCAGACAAGGGCCUGCGCUGACAACUCAUCUGCAAAUGACAGUUCGAUGAUGACUUUCUCAAAACCAUUUCGAUACCCUACGCCAAUGCAGAUGUUUUUCUGCCUUGAUUGUUCUACUUCCCAGUGUUCUUCUGCUUCUUCUUUUCAGACUGCAUGGCGAAUGUUCUCGGUUCUUUUAUGACUUCUCUCGGGCAUUUUCAUUGGCGCAUACAAACUCACGCACGUUGACAUCCCCAGCAGGCGGGGAGAACCGCAGAUUGCUUCUUUCUACGGCGAAUUAGUUAAGACAUGGGCAUCAGCUUCAAGGCUUAGUACGACGAUUAUGACGAACGGUUCAGCAAAUCUCACAAGGCACGGCGCUUGAUUGGAAGCCGUUUGUUUUCAUUUUUAUUGUGUUUCUUAAUUCGAAAAUCAUGGGAGGUUAGUGGACAUGGCGUCUUUGAGGGCGCAUUGCAAAGUCCACAUUGCAUACGUAGUCUGGAGAUCAUCGAACGACAUACAUUAUCUACCAGUAUUUCUGUCAUGAAUUUCUCUCGUGACCAUCUUAAUUAGUUAUUUCGGCAUUAC